GUGUGUGUGUUGAUUGAAACACUGGUGAUGAGAUUCUAACUCGUGGUUCGUUUCCUUUUUUUUUUAUUUUUUUAUUUCAGUCCUCAUGACAUUGAGGCGUUCACUGGACUCGCGUUCUGAGCCUUUAGAUCUCAAGUUUUUCGGGUGUGAGUGUUCAGUCCUUCUAAUUUAACCCGUGAAGAAGAGGACGCCGACAGCCGCCUCACUCCUCCUGUUGCUCCGGUUAAAAACACACCGGCAGCGUGCUCUCACGCCGCUUCCUCCCCGAGUGACUCACGGUGAAAGAGGGAGACGGUUACUCACUCGGUUCGGGGGGAUUUCAGUGGGAGUUUUCCCCUCUCUGUUAGUUUCGGACAGUGCUGGCGUGCGUGUGCGUGCGUGUGUGUGCGUGUGUGUGUUGUCUUUGGUUAUAUUGGUGAAACAAACCGUACAAAACAAAUCCAAAAAUGCCACAGUUAUCAGGCGGCGGUGGAGACCCGGAGCUGUGCGCCACGGACGAAAUGAUCCCGUUCAAAGACGAGGGAGACCCGCAUAAGGAGCAGAUCUUCGCCGAGCUCAGCCACUCGGAGGAAGAGGGAGACCUGGCAGACAUCAAGUCAUCUCUGGUCCACGAGUCGGAGAGCAGCCCCAACAGCAACAGCCACGACGCAGCUAGACAGUCCCAAAUACCGCAAGAUUCAUAUCAUGAAAAACACAGAGACCAUUUGGAGGAUGGCAAACUCCACGACCUGUACAGUAAAGGGCAUCCGUACCAGGGCUACCCGGGCUACAUCAUGAUGAGCAACAUGAACGACUCCUACAUGAACAAUGGCUCCCUUUCGCCGCCCAUGCCCAGAACGUCCAACAAAGUCCCCGUGGUGCAGCCGUCCCAUGCAGUCCACCCACUCACCCCACUGAUCACGUACAGUGACGAGCACUUCGCCCCAGGUCCUCACCCCCAGGAUAUGAACAACAAACAAGGAAUGCCAAGGCAUCACCACGGACCAGACAUGACCAACUUCUACUCCCUGUCUCCUGGAGGAGUCGGGCAGCUCACGCCACCGCUGGGAUGGUUCUCACACCACAUGGUGCCCGGCCCCCAAGGUCCCCACGCCACAGGGAUCCCCCACCCGGCCAUCGUCAACCCACAGGUCAAACACGAGCCUCCGCAUGAAACAGACAUCAUGCACAUGAAACCCCAGCACGAACAGAGAAAGGAGCAGGAGCCUAAGAGACCGCACAUCAAGAAGCCGCUAAACGCCUUCAUGCUCUACAUGAAAGAAAUGCGUGCGAAUGUGGUCGCCGAGUGCACGCUGAAGGAGAGCGCUGCCAUCAAUCAGAUCCUGGGACGAAGGUGGCAUGCUUUAUCUCGGGAAGAGCAAGCUAAGUAUUAUGAGCUAGCCCGCAAGGAACGGCAGCUCCACAUGCAGCUCUACCCAGGCUGGUCCGCUCGAGAUAAUUAUGGAAAGAAGAAGAAGCGGAAGAGGGAGAAGAUGCAGGAAUCAGCCCCAGGUACAGGCCAGAGAAUGAAAACGGCGUACAUCUGAGAAUAUGGAGGAAAACGGAACAAUUUCUCCACAUGCAAAGCGAAGGCAGCAGCUACGGGCCCUCUGCUUGAGAUGGAGGCCUGUUAGAUUCCAUGAAGACCCUUAAAUCUCCAACCUGACGCCUCCAGUUCUCAGAGGAUACCCACCCCCCACCCCCUACACCCAUCUCUCCCCUAACCCCACCUAACCCCUACUCCCCUUUCCUUCAACACAGUCACAUGCCACCACCUCCACCGAAAACACUUCACUGUUUGACUCCACUCCCGUCCUGAAGGCGCCCGCUGUGGAGACACUGAAUUGAACUGAACAAGACAAUCAUGAUUAGUAGGAGCACCCUCACGCAACCACGUUCUCUCACCGAAAAAAAAACCAAACAAACAUCAAUUUGACGUCUGUGUUUUGUCAGUUUCCUUUCACAAUCAGCUUUACUGCAAUCCCAGAGGCACGGCACUGAAAAACAGCAGCAAUUUUGAUGUGCGCACAAACUUCUCCACUGCACCGCCCGAACACCUGUCUCCAAGUUACUGUAAGUUAUUUGUCACCUCGGUUCCUUUGUAUAGUUCAUUAGGCCGACAUUCACUCCCCUGAACACCCCCACACACCCCCAUUCUCUCCCUCUCUCCCUGGAUUUUUGCGACCAUUUGGGGUUUCGCCCGACCGACCAAACACCUCUUUCUAGACUGCACUAAGGAAGCCGGAGGAAUCUCAUCCUGUCUACGAAAAACGUCCUCAAGACGCCAUUUUAGUUUGUUGCUGACCAGUUGGUGCAAAAAAGGAUCAAUGUUUUGAUUUGCUUUUCAUUUUAGACUGAAUUUGAUUUUGAAUGCUUUUUUGUAUCUUGAACCCUUGUUUCAAUUUCUCGGUGUAUAUUUUAGUGAUUUUGUUUUUUUUAAAUAUUGUUUUUUUUAUAUAGUGGUAUAUAUGAAAAUAAGCUUUGGACACAGGAAAGCCAUUUUUCUUGUUGAAGCAUCUUGCAGAAAAUUGAAACUUAAGGCUUCUUUUGAUAACUAUUUGUAACAAAUAGUGACCUCGAGUCUUGCUCAGAUGUAAAAUAAUGCUCAGUAUGUGUACUUUUUAAAACUGUCAGGAUAUGUCAAUUUUCUUGGUAUUUUUGCAGGCAACAUUAGGACAAAGGCGAGAGUGACGGCUCAGAGGCCUAUAUUUUAUUGUUCUAAAACAUGACAAAUGAAGCAGAUAUAUAUAUUUACCCCAGCACUUGGCAGUCUUUCUUUUAUUGCAAUGGACCUUCGUCUUUUCUCUCUGGUAGCUAAUAGUGUGGUCUUUAGCCAUGUUGUUUAUUCCAUGCAAGCAUCUCUGUAACAUUAUGAUUUCAAUGCUCUAUUUUAGUAUUACUUGAUGAAUUCCUUUUUUUUUUUUUUAUUAUCAUAUUUCGGGUCACUGUCAUCUUGGACUAGCAUUUUGCUUCCCAAGUGGUCAUAUUUGAACUGUUUCAACAUGUUUCUGUUUUUUUUGUAAGAAAAAUAAAAAAGGCACCAUUGGCUCAUUUGAUCACUUGUGUGGUGGAA